GUGUUGUGUGCUCGAAGAAUCUUUAUCAUUUUUAUCCUACGAAAAUUAUGACGUUGUUUACAUCUCCAUCCGUUUUUCUUUUUGUUUCCAAACCUUUUUCUCCUUUACGUCACGGGGUCGUGUCCCAACGGAAAUCAGUUGUUCAAAGAAGGACACAUAUGUCAGAGAACGCCCCUCCCCGUACUUCCUUUUUAUCCUUGGUUUGAGUCAUGAAAUGAGCAAGCUAAGAGGAGAUGGCUCACGCUUGUUGACCCUAUUCCCACAGUGACGUCGCGCUAAACGAGAACGCAGGCGACGAAUCGCGGCAUACCCUACCGACUCUGAGACCAAAUAGGGAAUGGCCAACCGAAAUUACUUGCGAAAUGGACCUCGUGGAGUGGGAGAAAAUGCUGCGGAAACACAAUAUCCUCCAAAUCACGAACGGUCGGUAGGCGGAAGUGGUGUGAUGGUAGAGAAACUUGGAUUCUUUAGGACCAGCCCGAUGGGGGUGGUAACCAACGGCGAUGGGACAAAGAGGGUCAUAAACGACCUAUUGUACCCAAAAUACGACGACAAUACUCCAUCCGUAAACUCUUUCGUGGACAAAAUGAAAUUCAAAACCACCAAACCAGUGGAGAUUCCUCGCGAUACGACCAAAUGACGGAUACAUUAUACUCGACACAAGGGUGUUGUUUGGAGGUGUCGCGGGGUGCGGCAGUUU